GGAGGCGGGGCCGCGCCGUGGCACUGUGCCGGCGGCUCCGCGCGGGGCCCUGCCCUCGGGUUUCCCUUCUGUUUCUCCGCUCCCUGGCGAGGAUGCGGGCCGCCGACUGGUGCCUGAGCGCGGCGGGCGCUGCCCUCGUCAUGGCCACCUCCAGCGACCCGCGGCACCCGGCCGGAAACGUGGCGGACGGAAGUUCCGAAACGUUCUGGACGACAACAGGGAUGUUCCCACAGGAGUUCAUCAUUGGCUUUCCCAAACGUGUGACCAUCAGCAAAGUGGCGAUCCAGUGCUACCUGGUGCGGACCUUAAGGAUUGAAAGAAGCGUAUCAAAAGACCCAGUAGACUUUGAAGAGUGCAUUGAAAAAGCACUGCACCCUGUUCCUUAUUAUUUGCUGAAAAAAAAAAUGUAUUUUCUAGAUUUGCAACACACAGAAGGACAGCUUCAAAUGGAAGAGUUUCCACUUCCUGAUUUCCAGGCCACUUAUUUGCGAUUCAUCAUCAAAUCUGCCUUCGAUCACUUUGUAUCAGUGCACAGGGUGAUGGCAGAGGGCACAGCAGAAGACACUUAAGUCUGGCUUAAAUUUGUACCUCAUCUUUUUGGUUUUAUAUUUUGAUAUCUCUGUCAAAGGAAAUAUUUAUUACAAGGUAGUAUUAAAGUGUUUUUGAAGAUACAGAGGUAGUACGUGUUAACCAUCAGUUUAUUAUAUUGAACACAGUGCUCUCAUUAAUUGUAUUAACAGAUUUUAUAACCUAGAGUGUUAAAAAAACUUGAAUGUAACCAGACCCAUUUAAAUAACUGUGUUUAGCUCAGGCUUUCUUAAUACAUGAAUUAAAACUCAUUUUUCUGUGA